GACUUAAAGCCAACACACAUAUCACAAAUUUUCUGUCGUCUAGAGUAAAACGCGCGCAAAAGUGCAAUACAACCAACUUACGUAGAAAAUUACGUUUAAAUUAAACAAACAACAAAAAAAAGACGCUUUGUGUUUUUUGUUGGUAGCCUGCUGUCUUUUAGAUUUAGAUACUAGUAUCAUACAUGCAGUGCCAUUUUAGCCAUAAAAAUAUUAAACACAUAUUGUUAUUGUUGUUGCUCUAAAGCUUCUAAACAAUGGUAAAUUAAGUUAAAUGGUUGAAAAAGAAAAAGAAGUGUGUAAAAAAAGUUUUAUAUAGAACAGACUCAUUGUAUAAUAAUAAACAUAUAUACAUAUCUAGCGUUUAAAGCAAUACAAGACGGAGAGAUUCCUAUGCUAUGAUUUGAUUUAAGUUGAUUUCAUUGUUAUGUUAAUAAUUUUAUAAUUUAACUAAAGAAAAAUACAUAUAUAUAUAUAAAUAAAAAUAACGUUAAAACAAAUUAUUUAUAAUCAAAGAAAGAAAUUUUUUGAUUUUAGGAAAAAAAUUCCAAAAAAAAAAAAGAAAGAAAAAAAUAAAUGCUAAACAAGUCUUAAAGAAAAGUUGAUAUUAUGUUAAUGUUGAUUUUAAAAAUGCAUUUUAUCGGUCUAGUUAAUAAUGUGCAUAUAAAACGUUAAUAAAAAGAAAAUUUUUUAAAAAAUAUAAAAUAAUACUUAUAAAUCAAUUUUAUACUAAAGUUAAGUUUCAACAACAGUUUUAAAUCAAUAACAACAAGUUUUACAAAAAAAAAAUUUCAAAAAAUAAUAAUAAUGAAUAUUUUUUGUUAAGAAAACAAAACAAAAAAUUUAAAUUGUUAAAGUAAUAAUAAAAAAUAAGUGAAAUUUUGUUCAUAUUUACUGUUGUGCUAAUCAUUAGUGCUAUUAAAAAAAACUAUAAUUUUCAAAAAAAUAAAAAAUAAUAACAAAAAAAGUAAAUAAAUUUAAAUAACAAAGAAAGUUUCUUUAAAACAACCAAAAACUACGAAACUAAAUCAACAUAUGUUUAACAGUUUUUAUAUGUUCUAAAAAAAAGUCACCCUACAUCUUAAUAUGGGCAACACAAUCACCAAUCGUGGUAAAUCACGAAAUUCCACCACCUAUACACCUUCCAUCUUUAAUAAAAGUUCACUACAACGUCAACGCAAAACAGCAAAACAUCAAGACUAUGAGCUACGUUCAAAAACACUUCCCGCACGCAAUCGCAAUAUAUUAAAUGAUGACACAGAAAAUGAUUUACAAAGUUCAACAGCUAAAACUUUACCCACACAUAAACCACAAUUACAAUCAACACCACCCACACCUCCACCACCCAAUGGCGAAACAUCAAGAGUACUAUUUUUACUAUAUCUAAUACAUCGUACUUGGAAUGUUAUUACCGAUAGCAAGAGUAAAAGUUCGCAUGGCAAAGUUUCUAAGAAACCCUCAAAUCAUGAUUCAUUUUAUGAAACCGAAAGUAAUUUUUCUUUAUCCAUGACCGAGUUAUAUGGUGCUGGUUCUCAGUGUUGUUCACAGCGCUCGAUUUGCAGUUGUAGUUCUUGUUAUAAUGAUACGACUGUUGAUCAGAAUGUUUAUAAUUCGAUAGAUGAACAAUUUUCUCAAGAUUCCAUAAGUGAGAAAAUGGAUUGUGAUAUUAAAAGUGAAUUUUCAUCGAUUUCCCAUAGUUAUCAAAUGGCUCCAAGCGUUUGUCAAACAUCACCCAAAUUAACGCCACACAAUAAUACACAAUCGGGGGUGCAUAGUGGUGGUGGUGGCGGUGGCAGUGUAGGAGUUGUAGGUAAUGGUCAGGUUGGUGGUACUACAUCAUCGAUUACACAACGUAGUAAUUGUGGCAGCAGCAGUAUCAAUGGUUCAAUGGCUUCAUAUAAAAUGUCAACAACAUCGGAUACAAGUUGGUCUCAGACACAAUAUAGUAAGGAAAAUCAACGACCUCCUGUUUAUAAUCCCGAAGAUUAUGUAGUGGCUUUAAAGAAAUUUGGCAAAAGACAAAGUGGACCCAAUCCCAAGUCAAUAUAUGAUGGUUCCGAUAUACCAGAAGAGAAUUAUAAAUCGGCUACAUUACCACACAAACAUUCGGAAUACAAAAGUCCCAUCAUAGCACCCGAAGCUAAUGAAAGUGAAAUGUCUUUACGUCAAUUUGCCACCAUAACAGAUUUGUUAACCAAACUAAGAGCCGAUUUAAGAGUAUCAUUUCCCAGUUUUGUUCAAGAAUUUGUGGCCUCACCCUCGGAUGGCGUUAGUUUGUUAUUAGAGGUUUUACGUUCCAUACAACUAUCACAGGCCGUUAAUGCUCCCUUAAAUAUGAUUAACAAUACCGGCACCAUGCCCCGAAAUUCACAAAGCUAUCAAAGACGUGCCCUUCUAGAUGAAUUAGCUUGCUUACAAUGUUUGAAUAUAUGCUGCUCACGUUCUCUGGAGGCUACCUCACGUUUGGGUACCACUCCUGUGGGCCUAAUGCCUUUAGCCUCUUCAGCCACUGGUCAAGGUAUAAGGGCUCGCAUCUUGGCCAUGCAAUUAAUGGCUAAUGCUUGUGAUAAACAUACAUUUGGUCAUGGUAAUCAAAAACUAGCCAUGGCUGGUCAUACUGCCGUCUCAGAGGCAAUGUCUACUUUGCGUUUAAGAUGCAGUGAACCGGUACGUUUUCGUUUAUUAAUGGGUAUGCUGAAUAGUGGUGGAGGAUCGGGAGAACUGCAAGCAGUGGGUGUUAAAUUUAUAAACGCCUUUCUGGAGAGUUCGGAAAAUUUGCAGCAACGUUUGUAUUUACAAGCGGAACUAUUUCAGGCUGGUUUUGAUCCCAAUAACUUAUCGAAGACCAUUUCAUCCUCUUCUCCCUGGCUGGAUGUUUUACGCAACGAAUUGAAACGUUUCAAUGACAUUUAUGUGGAUGUAGACAAAAUGAUUAAUCAAUCUCGUGAAGCUGAACGUGUACGCAGUCAAAUGGUUAUUUUAGAGAGAAGAGUCCAAAUACUGCACGAGGAAAAGGCCGUAUUAACAUCCAUGGAAAGACGUUUACAGGAAAGAUGUGCCGAACUGCAAAGAGAAAUCUUUCGUUUGCAGGGAGCACAAAAUGAGAACACCUUUAAAUCGCUGGACAAACAGGGGGUUACCUUGCCCAGACAUAUACCACCGGGCAAACAAGAUUCGUCAGAGCAUGAAGAUGAAGGCAUUAGUAGUUCUGAUACAGGACCUUCUUUAUCGCCAGUACCCAUAUUGGUAUUGCCACAGAAAAACAAUAAAAAUCUCAAUAGCAACGAUGUUGAUAUAGAUAAUGUUAUGGAGGAACUGGACAAUGUCGUGAAUGAAGCUGAGAAGCAAAUCUGUUCAAAUGAAUGUAAAUUUUCACAAUUGAAUUCAGAAGCCAAGGAAAAAGAGAUUAUACCGGUUAAUAUAGUGCCUCAACCGCCUAGGAAAUCAAGAUCUUUGGCUCAUCUAGUGCAGCCGGAUGGUUCCGAAUUAGAUGGUUCAGAAUAUGGCAUGUUAAUGAUGCAAAAACAAAUCACACAAAAUGCUGACGAACGAGUAGCCGCUCUUAAGACUUUUUUCGAUGAAUCAGACUAUAUACUACAAGAUCAUGAUAAAUCUUAUCAUAGAUCGAUAUUAGAUUCCCCAGAAAUACCAGAAAAUAACACAAAUCAACAGAAUGCUUUUAAUACACCCAACAACACCACCCGAGAACUGUUAGAUGUCAUUAUGAAUGCCCGCCAUUGUGAGGAUGAUCCUAAUUUGAAGGCUUUAAGAGAUAGUAAUGAUCAUGUUAAUGAUGACGAGCUUGCGGCCAAUGAGGCCAUUUUAAAUACACAAAAUAAAAGACAUAGUUUUGCCGAGGCCACAAAUAGUGCCACAGCACCGGCUCAACAUUUUAAUGGAGUGUUUUUCAUGACCGGCAUGAAUACGCCACAAAAAUAUCCCAAACCUGAUUUGACGGCGGCCCUACAGGCUAAAAGAGUUACCAAGAAUGUGGAACGUUUAGAAGCGGUAUUUGCCAGCCAUAAUGAAACCUUUACCGAGGCUUCAAGGGGACAACAGUUGAUACCCUCUAAUAGGGAAAAAUCCAAAAGCAAUCAACAGAUCUAUUUCGGCAGUAAUCCAACCAUAAGAAUUGGUUCCUAUACCAGUCAAAAUAGUCGGCCUGAUAUUUUGAAUAACAACAAUGUCAACAGUCGAACUAGAUCCUACACCCAAGGCUCCAAAGUCACCGAUAUACCAUCAGGUUUAUAUUAAACUUUACAGAAAUCUCUCAUCAAAAUAUUUAGCAUUUAUUGAUUUAGACAAGAAAAAAUAAAAACCCCCGAAAAGAAAAGCUUUUGUGCAAUAACACAAUUUACAAAUUGCAUAUGCAAUGCGUUUUUAUAAGUAUUUCCUUAAUUAAUGAACUAAUUAAUCUUAAUUGUUAAGUAAAUAAUUUAAGCAAUUUAAAAUAAAAAUUUGUAUUAACAAAAAAUAACAUUUAUUUUGAAAUAUAAAAAUAGUUUUAAAACCCUUCGAAAUCAUUUGAAUUAUUUAACUUAAAUGGUUUAAAAUGGUGGUAGAUUUUAAACUGCAACAACUAAUUACUUUUAAUUUUAAGUUAAUUUAGUUUUUAAUUAAUUAUUUAAAAUUCAUUCUAUAUAUCAACACUAUUUAUUUCUAUCAUAACUUUCUGCUCAGAAAAAUAAAAUAAACUUGAUAAAAUUCUAAAAUGAUUUAAAGAAUUUUAUUAAAAGUUUUUGUAUUUUUCCCUAAUUAGCACUGCAUUUGCACCAUUUAUUAUUAUUUUUUUUAUAAUAUUAUAUUUAAAUUAUUAUAUAAUAACACUUUACUAACUUUUUCAGUUAUAAGCAAAAAAUUCAGCACAAGUGUUUUUUAACUUUUAUACAUAAUUUUUAUUUUUCCAAAAAAAAAAAAAACAUUU